AUGUUAUUGAAUUCAAGUAGAUAUUAUUUCCAUAAUAUAUUCUGCAUAUUUGAUCGGGCUGUUAUUCUAUUGCGCUUAUAUAAAUUUAUUGCUAUUAUUGUAGAAAAUCAACUGAUAAAUAAAAAUAUGUUAACAAAUGUUAGCAAACCUGUUGAAAUCUCUUAUCAAUCUUAAAUCAUCUAACCUACUUUAAAGUCGUAGCAGCCACCCACUACUUAGAUACAAAAAUAGGCAUUAUAAUCGAUCCCUUUGGUUCCUUUGAGAUAAGCCCACAAAUCCAUGACCACAAUUAGACCCUCCAUAUUUAAAUCCAGAGUGGAGGAACCGACUUCAUUUAAUAAAGAUGCCUCCUCCCUGAUUGCUAAACUUGAUUCGUUACGCGAAAUUAAAACCUAAGAGAGUCCUUUCAGACAUCACAAAACAACCUAUAUUCAACCUCAAUCUAGCGUUGUCUUGGAAUUCAAAAACGCUGCACCCAAAACUGUGCAAUUGCAAUCAAGUGUCUUCGCCAGUUGUGUUGAACCUUUCCGUUCUUCCAAAAGCAUCGCAAGCUCGAGUGUCUCAAACAGUUAAUAAUGGAGUAAAACUAUUCCUCCCUAAAAAAAUUAUGAAGCACUCAUCGAAACUCUGAUGAAGGAACAAGACACAGUGGUUGAACAAUACGGUGAUAAAUUAACGAAGUUGGAAUAGAAAGUGGUUGUCCUCUCUCAAGAAAACACAAACCUUAUGGAAUAAAAUAAAUUACUUUUGACUUAAAACAUUGAAUUAAAUGAAGAAAUUACAUAAUGGAAAAAUUAAGUAAAACAAUAUCUUCAAUAAUCCUAAAUUAAUUCCAAAUUCCAAAAUGAUAUCGAAAUCUUAGAGAAACAACUUGAAUACAAACAAGAUGAACUCAAAUAAACCAUCUCUAACCUGGAAUAAAUCAAAAAUAUUAAUCAAUCUUUCGAACUCACCAUCAAAGAAUAACAAGACCAAAUCAAUUCUAUACUAUAACAAUAACUUAAAGAAAGUGAUGCUUACAACUCAAAAAUCAUUGCCCAAAAAUAAAAUAUCCAAGAAUUAGAAUCAAAAGUCAAUCAAUUUUACAAAAAUGAAUCUUCAUCCUAAACCUUAAUCAGAGAUUUGCAGAAUAAAAUCAAAUUAUUAGAACAAACCAAUGAGAGAUCGAAAGUCCUCAAUUAACAAUCUCCUGCCAAAAUUAAUGUUAAAGAUUAGUAUGAAUAUAAACAAUUACUCUUGGAAUUGGAUAGCAAAUCCAUGACCAUUACAGAAAAAGAAACCUAAGUAGAAGCUUUGAAAAUCAAGAACACCAUGCUCUAACAAUAGCUAAUCUAAUUAUAAGCAUGCCAAUUGGGUAUCAGAGACUAUGAAUCUGGAUUAAAAUAAAAGCAACAAGAAAUCAAUGAAUUAUAAUUAGCUUUACAAAGGAAAAAUUAAGAAUGCGAUGCUCUUUCAUAAAAUUAACAAAUCAUAAUCAAUAAUAGAAAUGAAGAAUAUGAAAAUAUCAUAAAUGAACUGUAAUCAACUUUGCAAAAUAAAAAUGAUGAACUCGAAAAAGUUACCCUUCAAUUAAAAACCGUCAAAAAGGAAAAAGCCAAACUAUCUAUGAAUUUAAUUACAGCCGGAAUGGCAAAUCUAGUAAUGGUAUCCUAAAGUUCUACCUGA